UGGUCGCGGCCGCCUCCCCGCCCGCCGCCCUGGCCGCCGCGGAGCGCUGCUGCAGGAAGCCUCGGCGCCGCGCUUUUGUUGUCAGGGGCCCCGCGAGGAGCGCCGCUCGCCGCCCGCCGCCUCCCUCCUCUCUCCCUCUGCAGCCCGCUCCCCGGCCGCCGGCCCCGGCGCCCCGCCCAUGAGGGGGCCCCGCGACCACCGCCGCCUCCAGCCCGGGGCGGCGCGGCGCUGAGCGGGAGGCGGAGCCGCCCCCUCCCCGAGGGCGCCAUGGAGGUGACUGCGGGAGGUGUGAUUGCCUACAUCAGUUCUUCCAGCUCAGCCUCCAGCCCUGCCUCUUGUCACAGUGAGGGAUCUGAUAAUAGUUUCCAGUCCUCCUUCUCUUCUGUUCCAUCUUCUCCAAACAGUUCUAAUUGUGAUAACAAUGGUAAUCCUAAAAGUGGCGAUCUGUCCAGUAUUGAAGGCAUUCUGAAAAAUGAUCGACUAGAUUGUUCUAUGAAAACAAGCAAGUCAAGUACACCUGGCAUGACAAAGAGUCACAGCGGAAUGACAAAAUUUAGUGGCAUGGUUCUCCUGUGCAAAGUCUGUGGGGAUGUGGCGUCGGGAUUCCACUAUGGAGUUCAUGCUUGUGAAGGCUGCAAGGGUUUCUUUCGGAGAAGCAUUCAGCAAAACAUCCAGUACAAGAAGUGCCUGAAGAAUGAAAACUGUUCUAUAAUGAGAAUGAAUAGGAACAGAUGUCAGCAGUGUCGCUUCAAAAAGUGUCUGUCUGUUGGAAUGUCGAGAGAUGCUGUUCGGUUUGGUCGUAUUCCUAAGCGUGAAAAGCAGAGGAUGCUAAUUGAAAUGCAGAGUGCGAUGAAGAGCAUGAUGAACAGCCAGUUCAGUGGUCAUUUGCAAAAUGACACAUUAGUAGACCAUGAACAGACAGCCUUACCAGCCCAGGAACAGCUGCGACCCAAGCCCCAGCUGGAGCAAGAAAGCAUCAAAAGCUCUUCUCCUCCCUCUUCUGAUUUUGCAAAGGAAGAAGUGAUUGGCAUGGUGACCAGAGCCCACAAGGAUACCUUUUUGUAUAAUCAAGAGCAGCGAGAAAACCCAGCAAAGACCAUGCAGCCCCAGAGAGAACGGAUUCCCAAGAACUUGGAGCAGUAUAAUCUAAAUCAUGACCAUUGUGGCAAUGGGCUUAGCAGCCAUUUUCCUUGUAGUGAGAGCCAGCAGAAUCUCAAUGGACAGUAUAAGGGGAGGAACAUAAUGCACUACCCAAAUGGGCAUGCCAUUUGUAUUGCAAAUGGACAUUGUAUGAACUUCUCCAAUGCUUAUACUCAAAGAGUAUGUGAUAGAGUUUCGAUAGAUGGAUUUUCUCAGAAUGAGAACAAGAAUAGUUACCUGUGCAACAAUGGAGGGAGAAUGCAUCUGGUUUUAAUGGUACGGUUUGCGUCACUAUUUGAUGCCAAGGAACGCACUGUCACCUUUUUAAGUGGGAAGAAGUAUAGCGUGGAUGACUUGCACUCCAUGGGAGCCGGGGACCUGCUGAAUUCUAUGUUUGAGUUUAGCGAGAAGCUGAAUGGCCUCCAGCUUAGCGAUGAAGAGAUGAGUUUGUUUACGGCAGUUGUCCUGGUCUCUGCAGAUCGAUCUGGAAUAGAAAACGUCAACUCUGUGGAGGCUUUGCAGGAAACUCUCAUCCGUGCACUAAGGACCUUAAUAACAAAAAACCACCCAAACGAGGCCUCUAUUUUUACAAAACUUCUUCUAAAGUUGCCAGAUCUUCGAUCUUUAAACAACAUGCACUCUGAGGAGCUCUUGGCCUUUAAAGUUCACCCCUAAGGCCUUUGUUUAUUGAACGCGAACUGAGUCAUACUAACUGUACAUUUGUGCUAAGAUGCUUAUUUAUAUGUGUAUACUGUACCAUAUGUGGAGAUAGGAAGGCCUCAGAGAAACACAAGAUUGCAGGCCGUCUCUUUGUCAUGCAGUAGCUGUUUGGAUUGAGAUUUUUGCAGCCAUAUGCUUAGACGUUGACCGCAUUUCCCUGAUAGACCAAUCAGCUGUGUCGCACUUAACUGGAGAAGUUACACUGAAUUAUAGUUACACUGAAUGUUAGACUUUUUCAUCUGCCAAAACCAAAAACCAUUUCAAUCUCCCUGUGGUAUAAAUAUAACUCACAGUCCCAAGUAUAUGAAGACUUAAAAAUUAAUCCUUUGUGGUGGAAGUUCUAUUAUAUGAUGGAAACUUGAUUUUACCACAAGACUAUUGGAUCUGGUGAUUGGAGACGAUGUAGGUGAGAUUUCCCUGUCUAUUUUACUCUGCCACUGUUAGAGUAAAAGUGUAUGAUUCUGGGCGGGUUAGCUGGUUGUGGAAAAGGAGAAUUGACAGGGUUUCCAAUGCCCCACCUCACAAGAUACUAAAUAAAUGUCUAUAAAGCAUAUUUACCUCUUGGGAGAUAGGCACUAUGUAAAUAAGGUAAAAUUUUUGUUAGUAUAAUUGUUCAUUAUAAUAUUCUUUGCUGAUUUGUAAGCAUUUCUUAGAAAUGAUUUCAUAGUCCACACCAGUCUAUUCAGGGUUCCUGCAUAUGUGUGGGAUAUCAUCCUGGCACACACAUAUUCAAAGUCUAUGAGUACAUCAAGUACAUAGUAUGUGUACAUAAUCUCUAUGUGAAUGUAGUUAUACAUAUAUUUCUUCACAAUAUUUUAAACUGUGAAGAACUUUAUCAUACAAUAAACUUAAGAGGUGUCAAAAGACCCAAAUUAGGUGCAUUUUACCUAUUGAUGACAUAACCAUUGCUUUAAAUGUUUAGACAGUAGAAUAUUGAAUUUAUGCUCUAUUUUUGUUGAAGUAGCACUUACUGUAAAAAUGCAAUAGGCAGUCAAGUCCAAAUUUCAGAAAAUAUGUACUUUAGAGUUCACCUUUGGUAAAAGUUUUGGUUCAAGAGAGAAGAUGUUUAAUAGUUUAUUCAGAUUCUUACCUUGAGCUAAAAAAGGUAACAUUGCUGCCCCUUAUGCACAUGCUGCAGCGUGAUGGUAAAUAAUAUUUUGAUUAGUUCUGAAGAACCAGUCAAUGUUUAAGAAAGUUUAAUAUGUUGGUAUGUAUGUGUGUACACGAGCGGGUGAGCGCAAGUGUGUUCUCAGUCUCCCCCCCCCCCCCAAAAAAAAUAACACUACAGGGAUUUUAUCAAAUUAGAUUCAUUCUAUAAUUAGGAAAAUCAUUUAGUGUGUGAUUUACAGGUUUAGAAGUGGUAUAGUCAAAAACAUUUCAUUCACCUUUAUUGGGUUUUUAUUAAAUAGGUAAGAUCAACCACUUUAUGGAAGUUGAGGAUUUUAUGUAUGUUUUUCUGUUUCCCUAGAAAAUAGCAAUUAAUUGUGUUUUUUUUGGGGGGGGAUGGGAAUAAAGAUUGCCUUCUAUAUAAUUUUUGGAUUAUAUAAACUUGCAAAAAUGAAAAGAGCCCACUUUACUAUACUGACGUGAGCAGAAUGCCUUAUUUUGUAAUCUUGUUUAACUUGUAGCUGUGGGUACUUGAGUUCCUGUGGCACUAGUUAAGUAAGUUAAAAAUAAAGUUAAACCCUCUCAUUAUUAAAGAGGAAAGGUGAUGGUGAUGUCUGUAAUACAAUAUAAACCAUAAUUGUGAUUUACCUUAAGUAGGUAUGACUCUUAUGGGAUAUACAGUAUAGUUUUGUGAAUUCUUUACAUGAUAGCAUUAUCUUUUUAUAAUCCCCCCCCCCCCCCGAGAUAAAUGCAUAGUUUUAUUCUAUGGGGAAUAGAAACAGCUUUUUGAAAUAAUACUGAAAACCUCAAAGAUCAUAUUGAUUUUUAAUUUUUGCCUUUUGCGUAAGCGUCUUUAUAACAUGUAUCUUUAAGACAAUUACUAAGUCUUUAGGAAUGUGUAACCAGAAUAUGUUAGUAUUGCUUAUAAAACCUUAGUUAGGUUCAAUAUAUACAUGUGUAUGUCAAUGUAUAGGUAUGUAGAUUUGCAUUUUGUCUUGUAAAAUUUUAUUUGAAUGAAUUCUUCCUGUAGGUAAUGGGAAACAAAAUUAAUAAUUCAUAUACCACUCAUAGCAUUUCUAUAUUUUAAAAUAGCCCAACAUUGAAACUUCUAAUUCUAAAAUUAAACCAGCAGUCUAUUACAAGCACAUUUUUUGAUUGGGUCAUUGGUUAUAAACUUAACAAAAUGCAGAGAAGACAAACCAGUUUUAGGAAACUUCUGAGUCGGUGGGACACUGUUGAUUAAUUAAUAUUGUACUGUAUGAAUUAAGUGAUGUUUUAACUUGUGAUUUUUACAUUUUAAAGUUAAAAUAUGGGCAUUAUGUCAGCACACUUUAAGGGCAUUAUGUCAGCAAGCUAAAACUUUCUCCCCCUGUGCUUUUAAUGUGUCUCUUUACAUGAUCUGAAAAGAGGAUUCAAGCUUUUAGAGAGAAAUAGCUGAGGGAAAUGGGUAACAUCUUCUUGGAAUGCAGCUUUUUCUUAUGGCAAUGGUUUAAUUGCAGAUUAAAAAAUUAGAAGGAUUAAGUGUAUAAUUUUCAUAUCGACAUUUCAAGAAAUUACCAUUGUAACUUGAUAAGAUAUGAGUUAUUUUAUGUAAACAUCAUCAUUGCAAGGCAAGGUGUAGAAGCUCAGCUAGAUUAAUUACUGUGCACGAGAGUAAGUACCUAUCUCAACUAUUCUUUUUCCUUUCCAAUAUAAAGUUUGCUGAAUGUAUAAGAAGAGUUUAUCACUUAGGAUAUAGAUUUUUUUUAGGGGUUGGGGGGAGGGGUUCUGUAAAGAAAUAACCUAUAAGUGAAGAUUAUCUUGAUUUGAUCUGAAACAAAACUUGAAGCUGUUCUUGGACUAACAUGGAAAAAUAAAAUGGCUGUUGUUUAAAAAAAAAAAUGGUAGAAAUACAUUGUUGACAAGAUAUGAAUUAAGUUUAUUUUCUACAAACUUGUUACUGAUGAGGACAUGGGUAACACCUUCCAUGUUUCUGGAAAGUAAUCUGUAUAAUACAUGGUGGGAGGGGAUAAUAAAUAUUAUUUCUAA